AUGUCUUCGACUUCGUACUCGGCGCUUGCGCAGCGCGCGCUCGUCGCGCCCAACCCAAAGCACCACAAGGCCCGAAGCGUCAGGGCGAGCGGCGGGAGGAAGUAUCAGUGGUGGGGUUCCUCCGCCACGAUCGGGAACUCGAGGUCCGCGGAGGACCUGAGGGCGAAGGCGACGGCCGCGGCGAAGGAGGCCGAGGCCGAGGAGCUUCCCCCGCAGGAAUGGGCCAAGGAGUGGCGCGGGUCCUUCGAGGGCGACGCGGACGCGCUAAAGUCGUUCAUGGGGGAGGUGACUUCACGAUUGGAAGGGAUCGAGUGUCGAUUCAUCGUCGUCGGAGACGGGGGCAUCCUGGAGAGCGUUCAGCCGAUGCCCGGGGAGGCGCGGUUCGCCGAACUCGGACCCAAGGGCACGUGCUGCACCAUCGCGAGUCCCACGAAAGAGUUCGAGGCGCACGUCAUGCUCGCCAAGGUGAGGGAGGUGGCGUUGGCCCGAAGCGAGCGGCCCGGGGGCGGGCGGAUCUACGCCAUCCGACUCUUCGGCUUCGGGGGGGAAGACGCCCCGGCCAAGAGCGUCAUGACGAUCCUGCUCAACGGACUGGGCGAAGGCGGGGUGUCCGACGAGGCGAUCGAGAAGUGGGAGUCGCUGGCGGAGUGCCUCCCCGGGGCGUGA